AUGGAAUCUGCUGGUGAUCGAAUUCCUUUGCUUACAGUAAAUGCAGGGCCUAGGGAUCCGAAUUGGGCAGACAGAUUAAGAGAGGAAUAUGCAGCUUUAAUUAGGUAUAUAGAAAUGAGCCAAGCAGAAGAUAAUGAUUGGUUUCUUAUAGAGCCAGAUGAUUCAGGGAUCCACUGAAGAGGAAAAUGCUGGUAUAUUCAUGAGCUGGUAAAAUAUGAAUUCAAUUUAGAAUUCGAAAUCCCUGCAACUUAUCCAGCUACUCCAAUUGAGCUUGUUUUACCUGAACUUGAUGGAAAAACACACAAAAUGUACAGGGGUGGGAAAAUCUGCCUAGAUAUACAUUUUGCACCAUUAUGGUCAAGAAAGCAGCCUAGCUAUGGCAUUGCCCAUGCUUUAUGCUUAGCAUUAGGCCCUUGGCUGGCUGCUGAAAUACCAGUGUUAAUCGAUCAAGGAGUUAUUACUGCUAAUUCUUAA